AUGUCUAUACAAGAAACGACGUCGUUAUGGUGGACUACUCACCAACAACAGCAACAACACAAACAACGACAAGAGAAGACCAAGAGUCAUCAACAAGAGGAAGAAGGUGAAUUAGAAGACGACGUCGUUUCAGAGUCAGUGAUGAAACUAAAAACGGUGUCGGAAUCGGCAUCAGUAUCAGAAGAAGAGAAAGAAGGUAUGUUUGAGAAACCGUUAACACCAAGCGAUGUUGGGAAGCUGAACCGCCUCGUGAUACCGAAGCAACACGCGGAGAGAUACUUCCCACUCGACUCAGAAGAAACGAAGGGGCUUUUAUUGAGUUUCGAGGACGAGUCAGGGAAGUGUUGGAGGUUCCGUUAUUCGUAUUGGAACAGUAGUCAGAGUUACGUUCUUACCAAAGGUUGGAGUCGUUAUGUCAAAGAUAAACGUCUUGAUGCUGGCGACGUCGUUUUGUUUCAAAGACACCGUACACAUCCUCACCGGUUUUUUAUCUCCUGGAGGCGCCGCCAUGGUACGGCGGCCGCAACAGUGACCCCUUACGUUGGCCCUAGUACUGACGGCAAUGGUGCUGUUUCUUCUGUUGGGUGGUCCAGAGGACUCUAUCCUGCGCAUCCUUAUCCUACGCAUCAUCACCCUUUCUCAUACCAUGCUGCAGGUGAAGGGUCCCAAAGUCAGAACACAAACGCACCUUGUGGAAACAAUUCGAGUACUUCCAGGGUGCUGAGGCUGUUUGGAGUGAACAUGGAAUGCCAACCUGAUAAUGAUAUUAAUGAUUCCGAAACACCAGAGUGUUCUUAUAAUAUGUCACAAGGGCCACAAUUCUAUCACCUCCUCCACCGUCAACCACCGUCAAACACUCACCAUCACAUGCUACGUCAACAACAACCAUAG